GCGGCGCGCAGGGCGGAGCGGCGGCGGCGGAGCGGCGCCCGGACCGUCAGUGCGCGGCGCUCCUGGGCACGGCGCUGCCUGCCGGCCAUGUCGGGCCGCGGCAAGCAGGGCGGGAAGGCGCGCGCCAAGGCCAAGUCGCGCUCGUCGCGGGCCGGGCUGCAGUUCCCCGUGGGCCGCGUGCACCGGCUGCUGCGCAAGGGCAACUACGCGGAGCGGGUGGGCGCCGGCGCCCCGGUGUACCUGGCGGCCGUGCUGGAGUACCUGACGGCCGAGAUCCUGGAGCUGGCGGGCAACGCGGCCCGCGACAACAAGAAGACGCGCAUCAUCCCGCGCCACCUGCAGCUGGCCAUCCGCAACGACGAGGAGCUCAACAAGCUGCUGGGCAAGGUCACCAUCGCGCAGGGCGGGGUGCUGCCCAACAUCCAGGCUGUGCUGCUGCCCAAGAAGACGCAGAGCUCCAAGAAGUGAGCGCUGCCGCCCCGCUCCCGGCCCCGUCCUCGCCUCUUCCCCCAGCACAUCACCCUGCGGGGCCGGGCUUCCCCUCCCGCUCCUACAGCCGAGCUGGGGGGUGAGUCCCGGCUGUGCCCCUCCAGCUCCACCCACCGGCCCCCCCGGUCUGGGCUGUAGUGGGGCGCUGGGGGAGCGCAGGCGAAGCCGCCUUGUGUCCCCCCCCUGCCCCGUGUCUCUGGAAGGAGCGUUUGAGCAGGAGAUGGUGGCGGUGCGGGAGGGUUGUGUCGCUGCGUGGAGCUGCCGAGGACUGUAGUGGCUGCGUGGGGAUGGACGCGGGCACCUCCGGCUGCCCCCACCCGCACUGGGGCCCUGCGGGUCCCCCCCGGCCGUCCCCGCUGCCCUGUUGUUGUAGGGCUGAGGCUCGUUGCUGCCGCCCGCCCUGAGCGCUGCCAUCCCCGCUGCACUGCGGCAGGGGGGGCUGGCAAAUGCGAAAAGCAGAAGUUUGUCCAUCAGCAAAAGGAGCGACUGUUAGUUUUUAGUCCUGUCCGUGGUUUAAAGCUCGUGCGUUCCUACCGUUAAGAAGCUCCGGUCUUAUUUAUUUCGAGGUUAUUAUUUGAUUUCGGGUAGUUCAUUCCCCACAAAGGCAGCUCCCAGCUCGGGGGGCUCCGUGUUGCAGUGAUAAAUCCCUGUGGAGCAUUGCAAGGUCAGGCACCGCCGGGAGCUGCCAUGUUGUGCUGCAGCCCCGUGCUGCCUAUGGGAGCAGCCCUGGCUCCAUCACACCCCCGUGGCACUAAUGGAAAUGCCGUGUCUUUCUGUUUGUUCAACAUCGUUUCUGGUUCUGAGAAAUAAAGUGACGAUGCUGUCUGUUCCGUGUAACGUUCUGUGGGUUCAUGUUUCUUCAUAUAACAAGGACGGUUCCCGGCUCUGUGCUGUCUGUAUUGAAUGGCUGUGGGUGAUGCAGGCUGUCCCGUGACAGCAGCAAUAGCUGAUGUGCUGACCGUGUUCCAUGGAGGCCCAUCAUCACGUGCAUGUCUGGGUUAUUGCACUGCAGACCUUCACAACCUGGUCUUUUUUCUGUUGUUUUUCUAAGUCAAACGAGCAGCUUCUAUUUAUGUGCUGGAAGUAGCAUGUGUUCAGCCUAUUGCCUCCGCUCUUAACCUAGUGGAUGAAGUACCUUAGCCCGGGGCUGAUGUUAUCCUCACCUGGGGUACAUGGAGCUGGAUGUGGAGGGGUUUUGUGCUCUCACGGUGCAGAGCUGUCCCUUGGUUCUGCUGUGCUGCCCUGACCGGCAGGGGGGCAUCUGGCUCCUCCCUUCUAUAGGGGGACUGUGGGCUUUCUCCCCAAACACGAGCUGCCGUGGGGUGAGGGCUGUGUCUGCAUCCACCGUCUUGUUCUCCUCCCUCCUUUGGUUCAGGCCCGGCGUUCUGUACUUUGUAUCUCUUAGAUAACGCACGACUUGUCGUACUGAAAAGAAUGGUGCAGAGCCAACGUCUGAUUAAACUGGUUCCCCGUUGA